AUGCUCCUCACAACUGCCGUGUUGUGUCCUCGCGAAAGACAGAACAGCAAUUUGCGAUUAUGGAUUAGUAUCGACGCCCUCGAACAUCAUGCCGACACCAUACAAGCUUGGAACCGGCUACGUCAACGUACCUCCCUCUAUACCGGAACAUCAGCCUCCUUACCCAGGCAGCACAGGAAGCUUCUCUCUCCAAAAAGCUCCCGCCAACGAUUUUCGAAAGGACUCGGCUGACGUCGAACCAACGAAUUCCACACAAAUACGAUUCAGACAACCUCCUGAUCAAAGUCUACCUCCAGCGACCAGCAUUCCGAAACAUUGGGCGAUGAUCAAGGCGUCUCAAGGACUAAAAAGCACAUCAACCACGCAGUUCUGUGCUUUUCACAUGGUCACCAGUAUUCUGGGUACUACGCACUCUGUCGCCGUGAACCUGCGAGAGUUGUUGGCCAGCGUCUAAGGUGAUUCUUCAAUCCGCGACGCGGACGAUGACAGUCCAUGGCAGGAUAGAUAUGCGAGUGCAAAGCACGUCGGGGCAUUGGGUGAUUGCUGCCGUUAAUCGUGAGCUACAUG